AUUGGCCUUUUUCGCUGUCACUCAUUAGGAAAGGGGGAAAAACGGGGAAUGGACGCAGAGUCACACAGCAUCUGUACCAAACGAUGAAGGCUGUGUAGGAUUCAACGAUUUCUGCGUAAAAUAGGAAAACAGAAGCGCAGCUGGCAUCAUGGUGGGUAUAUUAUUACAUUGUUUACUGUUUAAAGCUGGUAAUAUUGAUUGUGUUGUCGUGCGACAGGCAAUGUUUGCAUUUGGCGGUUCCUGUUAGUGAAUCGUAGCUGGUAUUAAAUAAUUUCCUGGGUAUAGUGAACCGUGCGUCUUUACGGAAUAACAUAUUACAGCCUACAUGUGUUUAAAAUUAAGAUUGCAUGUUUAUGAAAAAAUGUCAUAAUAGUUGUCUUUCCCCGGACGUGUCAUAUAUUGUACAAUUCCUAUCGCUUGUGUGUUUUUUCCUCCAUAUAUUUACAGUAUGGUUUUGUGAAUCACGCCUUGGAGCUCCUCGUUUUGAGGAAUUAUGGGCCGGAAGUGUGGGAGGAUAUCAAGUGAGUUCAUGAAUAAUGUGUUUACUGAUGGGCCCUGUUGGUAUCAUAGGUAACUCUGUGGACAUCCAAACUACGACAGGGAGGUCUGCUGUAGAAAAGCCCCGCUCACUAUCAGCACAAACACACUUUGACAUUUGCCUUUAGUAAUGAUUAACCUUCAUCUUUGCAGCACAGCACUAACACACUAACACACAGUAUGUUUUGUAUUUAUUAAACUUCACGUUUGCUCAGAAGCUUAGGUGAUUGUGGGCAUUAAAUAUAUAGAUAUAAAUAUGUGUAGGCCGCUAAAUAAGAGAUUUAGGGAAUUAAAUUAGAGAAACUCCUUUACAACACAUCUUACUGUAAAAUAUAAUAAAUCAAAAGUUGUUACUACUAUGUAAAAAAAAAAUCUUUUUAUUUUUUUUACAAAUAGGCUGUAUAUCUUAGGACAUCUUCAUCCCCAAACAAAUAAAGUAGGAUUGAAAAAUACUACAUUUACUUUUGGUGAUUAAUAAUUGGACUUAACUGUUUUGCAAUUAUUCAAUCAACUCUUUCAUAUAUGUUUUUCAUCACAAAAAAAUACACCGUAUAUGUGCAGUCUUUAACACUGUGGGGUAGUGACCCCUCAAAAACCCUUAACACUUAAAAAAGAAGAUGACUGAGAUGUGGGCUUUGCUCAAACUAACAGAUUUGUUAUCUGCAAACCUGUUGAAUUAACAGCAGAGGCAAGCCCAGGUUUACUGAGCACAUCUAGAUACAGUAAUAUGAUUUAUGUUGUCCACUCUGAUGUUUACAUAUCAGUUUUUCAUAUAUUGGAUGUUGUUUACUCUCUUUUAUUUUAAUAUAGUCUUAACUUGCUUAGACUUUACCCUUUCCGAAUAAAGUAUGAUUUAAAAAUAUUAAAUUUAUCUUUCGUAAUGAAUAAUUUGACUUAAUUUUUUUUGCAAUUAUUCAACUGACUCUUUUAUAUAUGUUUUCAUCACAAAAAAUACACUGUAUUUGUGCAGUCUUAAACACUGUGGGGUAGUGACCCCUCAAAAAACCUAAAAACUUAAAAAAGAAGAUGACUGAGGUAAAGGCUUUGCUCAAACUUGAACUAAUAAAGUUUGAAAAAGAGAGAUUUUUUUUAUUCGAUCAAAUAUACAUACAGUACAGUUUUAGACAAGAAAUUCACCUAUUUUAGGAGUUUGAAAAGGAGUAGGUAGAAGCUAUUUAGCUUUUUUGUACCUACCCUCACUCCUUCCUAUGCGUUGACCUUUUACAUGUCUCUAGAAUUUUAGGAUUUCUUCAGUCGCCAAAAGGUAACCAAAGCUCCAAAGUCUAACGUGAAUAUGUAACAAAUCAUUAAUACUAAGACAAAGACCUGAUACAGAUUUACAUCCAUACCUAUAUACACGUAUAUACACACAAAUAUGCACUUCAUAUAUGUACCUAUGAAACUUAAAAUCUCUCAUUUGUACAAUGCCCAUAUACAAUAUAGUAACUGUGACAAAACGAAAAUCACUUGUAUAAGUAUUUUUUUGCUCAUACUCUGCUCUAAUUUACUUUUAAACUGUGCUAUUGUUUUGCUUUGUUUAAGUUCAUCAGAUAAGCUGUUCCAUAGCUUCACCCCCACAACAGAAAGACACAUGCUUUUUAGUGUUGUACGAACUCCUGCUUGUUUUAAAUUCCGUUCCCCUCUUAAUAAAUACCUGCCCUCUCUUCCACCAAACAUUUUCUGUAUAUUACUAAGUUGUGUUUCAAGCUGUGUUUUAACAGAUUUGUUUUCUGCAAACCUGUUGAAUUAACAGCAGAGGCAAGCCCAGGUUUACUGAGCACAUAGAAUAGAUACAGUAAUAUGAUUUACGUUGUCCUCUCGGAUGUUUACAUGUCAGUUUUUCAUAUAUUGGAUGUUGUUUACUCUCUUUUAUUUUAAUGUAGUCUUAACUUGCUUAGACUUAACCCUUUCGGAACAGCAAAGAUUAAUGCAAACAUACAGUCAGCCCAGCAGCAGCUGCCUUGUGAAAUUGUUCCUGAAGUGGUUGUUCUGUAUCAGCCAGUCCUCUAAGCACAUGAGUCAUUGUUAUCUGUUACAAAGUUUAUUGUAUUUGGUAUGUUUUCAGACUUUGAUAAGUGGAAUUGUUUGUACAGUGAUUUUUAUUUUCUUAAAAAAGAUUUCAAGGCCCAGAAUGUUUUUUCAGCUGUAACAGGUUCUGAUAAUAUGGUGGCAGCUGGUCAGGCCUGUAAAUCAUCUCUGUUUUUCUAGCAAAACAGCAGUAAUCAGAAUCUCAUCAACUUUUCAGAUGAUUUUUUUUAUAAAGUUUUGAUCAUUGAAUCUAUAAAUAGCAAAAUUCAACCUUUAGCUUGGACCUUCAUCUUAUUAUCCAAGCCUGUUCAACAGUGUAGUUUUGUAAACCACAUAAAAACUUCACAAUAUGGCAAAAUAGUUCUAUGUUACACCACAGACUGGCCACAAAGAAAAACAAUAGGUCUGUUUUUUCCUCUCUCUCAGGUGAUCACAAUAAACUGUGUUGAAGACUGCACAUAUACUUUGGGCCAACAAAUACACAACAUCACAAAAUAUACAUCACAUAAUCAAUUAAAUGAUAACAACUUUAACUUUGCUUACAAUGAUUGUCAACCUCUGCUGCGAAAUGUUCUCAUGAAUGACUGUUAUUUGUUUACAGGAGGGAGGCUCAGCUUGAUAUCGAGGGUCAGUUCCUCGUGAGAAUCAUUUAUGAAGAUGCCAAAACAUACGAUCUUGUUGCUGCUGCAAGUAAAGUUCUCCGUAAGUGACACUUUGUCUUUUGUAGUUCUAUGAGUGAAAUUGGUGAGUGUUUAAAAUAGAGCUUUACAAGUUCAAACAUUUGUGUCUAAAUUACUGACAAGUAACUUUCUGUAUUUCAGAGGUCGAUGCUGGGGCAAUCUUGCAGAUGUUUGGAAAGAUGUUUUUUGAAUUUUGCCAAGAGUCUGGAUAUGACACCAUCCUGCGGGUGUUGGGAUCAAACGUUAGAGAAUUCUUGCAGGUAAUUCUGUUUUCUCCUCAUUUCAGAGUACUGAUCAGGAGGACCCCGUUACUAUUUUGACAGCUAUGAAAACUUGCCUGAGCUUCGCCAAUUCUGAGAGAAAAAAUAAUCAUAGCGAUGUCAUCGAGGUCAUUUUAGUGUGUUAGAGACUUUAAAAUAUUUUACAGAAAGCUUAGUUUGUUAACUGGAUCGGAUAUCUGAUGAAUGACACUGAUCCAGUCAUUUUUUCUUUUAAUCAAUUUUUCUCCUAAUACAUGGAAGCCUUAAUUCUUUUGGCUGUGUGCUCAUGUGCAAUUUGUUAUUUGUUAAUAGUAUUGUGUAAAUUUAUAUCUGUGUUAAUUUGUUACCUUUAUUUAACAAGUCUAAUGUCAAGCCAUACAGUUCAUUCACUCAACAGUAGUAUUAGAUCAGUAUCGGAUAUUGGCCGAUACGCUCAGCCCAGGUAUCGGUAUCAGAUUGGAUCGGAAAAAAAAAGAUUGGUGCUAUGAUAGAUGUGCAGUACUAAAGGGCUUUACUUCUCCAGUGUUUUAUGUAUUAUGUACAUCAACUCAUUGUGCUUCAGCCUUGUAAUUGUGGAUUUAGCUUUAAUUUAAACACUGUGUAUUUCAUGUUGAAUCCAAACUUUCAGAACUUGGAUGCUCUGCACGACCACCUGGGUACCAUUUACCCUGGGAUGAGAGCUCCCUCUUUCCGCUGCACUGAUGCAGAGAAGGGCAACAAUCUGAUUCUCCACUACUACUCAGAGAGAGAAGGCCUGCAGGACAUCGUGAUUGGCAUCAUUAAGACUGUUGCCCAACAAAUCCACGGGACAGAGAUAGAGAUGAAGGUCUGUUUUUAGUCGGUUUUGCUGCUUCUUUGCGUGAAGCCACAGUGAAGAUAAAUGAGCAAUUUUUCAUCUUCCUUUUCUUAUUUUCUACAACACACAAUUAAAUCCUCCAGCCCUUGUAAUGUUUGUGCCUCUGAAAAAUGUAUAAUUAAAAGGUCAAAGGUUAUGACUUAAUGGUUAGACAGAAAGUUUGAAAACACCCAAACAGAAAGAGAGCUGUGCUGUGCCAGUUGCAGUUCAGCAGGGAGAUUUCGGCUAAUGUCUGUGAGUCAGAGGAUAUUUUUAGAUUCAAGUUUUAGCGUCCUGAGCAUGGAAGUCUUGAAGAGUUUUUUUUCCCACAGUUUAUUUUAAGUUUGUCUCACCAUGGAUGGAUUUAAAUUGGACUUCUCCUGUACGUUCAUCAGAUUAUUCAUCCAAUUGAAAGAUAGAUGCUGGCCUGUUUAACAUAAAUGUGAAGUAUACUCGUGUGAAAAACUUCAUGUCAGUUGUUUUUUUUGUAUCUUUGUGAUCUUGCAGUCCACUUUACCUCAGCUUUAGUCUAAACCACAGACAACUACAUAUUAUUCUCUAAGGUAUACCCUCUAGUUUGCUCAUCACCCUAAAGGCAAACAUUAACUCUCAAAUAUAAUCAUACUUGUCCAGGAAGGAUUUUGUUUUUCUAUGAUUGUGUAAUGAAAGAACAGAAAAUGGCAGACGCUCCAAAUGUGACAUCCAAUUUCUGGAAAUAUUAGCUUCUGUUGCUAUGGCAACAGGGUGCAGACACAGUAGCUUCACGUCAGCAUGCCUUAUGCCAUAAGCCCACAGAAUAGUGUGGUUUUAUACAGCCUCACUUCUGUAAUAGCAUAUAAAAGAUAUAUAUUUCUGUUAAUGGUUUGAUUAUAAAACACUAAUAAUGUGUGGGUGAGGUAUUUGAUAAAUUUUGAUGUUAUGUAAUUCUAACUUAAUUAUGUAUGUUUUGCAAGAAUAACAAAGUUUUGAUUAUUCCACUAAAUUUUAUGCAGAUGAUCCAACCGAAAAGCGAGGAGUGUGACCACAUCAAGUUUUUGAUUGAGGAGAAGGACUCUGAGGAGGAGGCGUUCUACGAGGACCUGGAUGGCUAUGAGGAGAAUGGCACACAGGAGACCAGGAUCAGCCCAUACACGUUUUGCAAAGCCUUUCCAUUCCACCUUAUGUUCGACAAAGACCUGGUGCUUACUCAAUGUGGGAAUGCAAUUUAUCGAGUCCUGCCCCAGGUAUGUAUUUUUCAUGCUAAGUCUGACUGAUGCAACAAUUACAGUUUCACCAGUCAGCCGCUCAUUCUGCUCAGGAAUGAGAAAUCGAUUGCAAGAAAAUAUAAUGCAGACUAUUUUAAAGACGGACAGAUUUAGUGUUUUUUUCUUCAAGUAAAAGUAUUUUGCUUUAAAAGCUGAAAUUAGCAGAUGUUUCAAAGUUUGCCUGCUUGUCUAUGUCUUCAAUGAUCAACAAUGUAAAGACUUUGGGGUUUUGGCGUAAUUUAAAAAUACGUUGAACUAAAAGAAAUUAAAAUAAGUACACAAUUCAUCUCCAGAAUCUAUGUCAAAUUUUAAAAUUGUAAUCAACAUAUGGGUCAGUUUUUUUUUUCUUCUUAAACUUUUACCUGAUUCAGAAGCUUAGAUUGCAGCAGUGGUUUGUACUAUUCUUAACAAGCGCUGUAUUCCAAUAGUAACUAAAAAGUAUCUUUUUUUAUUUUUUGCCCAUCAGCUCCAGCCUGGUACCUGCAACCUGCCGUCAGUUUUUUCUUUGGUCCGUCCUCACAUUGACUUCAGUUUUCAUGGCAUCCUCUCCCACAUUAACACUGUCUUUGUCCUGCGAAGCAAGGUAAAUAUGACAUAAUAUUCAUUUUUUCACUUCACUAUUGACUUCUCAAAUGAAUACUUUAUCAUGUUUGAUGACUUUUCAUAAAGAGGCAUAACACCAUACCAAGGUGAAGAUGAUCAAUAAGUGGUUUAGUUCUAUAAUAUACAUGACAGAAUAUGAUGUACCAUAGUUUAUGUAGCCACACCACAUGUCACAUGUCACAGUUGGGGUAUGUCACAGUCGCCAUCACAAAUUUGCCAAGUUUUACCAAAUUCCUUGUGAGAUGCGCAUGGAGGCAAUGCACUCAAAGGGUGUUCAGAUGCGCUUAAGGUGAGAGUGCCAAGUGUCACUAAAAAGACCAAGUCACCCAAAUAAACGGUACAACCCUCCAACCCAACAACACGGUUCUCAACUGUUCUGAUUUGAUUUGGUUAUUCCGCCAGAGUCUCCGGUAUUAAGUUCGUUUUCUUGCUUGUGUUGGCAGUUGUGGCCAACGGAGGAUUCAGACAAUUUUCUGUACUUUUUUGUUGGUUUCUACUAUCUGAUAUUGUAGCACGCUAACUUUUGUUUGGGCUCGUGAACAACACGGGAGAGCAGCGUCCGCCUCGCAACCAAUCAGGUUGGGGGAGGUGGAGAAUGGCUUUGUUUAUAGUCAGAAAGAGCGGGCCGCUCAAAAAAUGUAAAAUGUUGACUACACAGACAUAAGAGAACACAGUGAUAUCGUUAUAUUACCAAAUGUCAUCAAUAACUAAUAACUAUUGACUGAUAUUAGACGCGGUUUUGUAUUUACACCCAAAAAAGAUGCUUCUUUAAGAAUCCUGCCUACCCCACCUUUAAUCUCUGACAUUUUCAAAUUAUAUUCAUAAACACUACCGAUUCUACAAACUAAUUUUAUGCACAAUUAGGAUUGGUCGGACACUGCAAGACUUCCCUGUGCACGCUUGGAUGAUCACCCCCAAGCCAGUAUGGAGCUUCCCCGCUACCUAAACCCUAGUUUUCAUGAGACUGCUUACGGCGGGUUCUUAUGCACUGACCCCGAUGAAUCAUUCAGGCGACUAGCAGACUAGCAUCCCUCCUGAAACCAUGGCAUGCUCCCAAGCAACCCUUAAACUGCAUAUUUUUUAUCCUAACACUGCCCCCCCAUCAACCCGAUGAGCCCAAAGGGUAACACUGCUGCAGCCUACAAGGAAAAACUCCCCACUACUAUGACAACUGUGGGUGUUUGAGCACAGUGUAGUGAGGGUUUGUGAGGAUUACACUGGUGUAAGGUCAAACUAAGGCAAUGGUGUGACGCUGGUCUGGAAGGGGGAGCAUGAGAGAGAGCCAGAGAAAGAGAGAGAGAGGGACCAAGGCCACCAUAAGCUGCUUUUAUGUCCAGUGUGGAGCACCAGGUCCAGGUGCUCAACAUCGGAGUUGAUACAGCUAAUCAGCUCAUCAGGCACCUCGUAAGAAACACACAAAUUAGUAUGGCUACCAGAGCAACAUAGAGGCAGGGGCUGUGACAACUUACUACUACUCUAGUCUGAGCAAAUCCUCUCCAGUGAUGAGGAUGUCAGUGAUGCAUGCGAGACUUGAGGUGAAAAACAUACAGAUUUAAAAAUUGUGAGCUGAAGUGGUGCCCAGUUUGGAGGCAGAUUUAGACAAGAACAUGUAUUGAAAUAUUCAUGUGUGUGAUGUAAUCCUGACAGGAGGGCCUGCUGAAUGUAGAGACGGUGGAGAAUGAGGACGAGCUGACAGGGGUGGAGAUCAGCUGUCUCAGACUGAAAGGACAGAUGAUUUACUUGCCAGAGGCGGAGAACAUCCUUUUUCUUUGCUCACCCAGGUAAACCCAUGGUACUGUCUGUCCUGACCGCAGCAGAGCAGACAAGAUGAAUACACACACACACACACACACACACACACGCACACAAACCUUAAUAGAGUCUCUUUUAACAAUCGAAUGGGAGCACACCAAUUACUUGCAAAGAUAAAAACGCUGUAAUUUUAAAUGAUAAGAUGCUCAUUUAAUGGAUUUAUUGAAUGCUAUUGUCGUUCUGGGCAUUCAGAAAUCAUUUUAAAAAAUCACUGUGCACAAUUUACUGAAUGGGCAAAAAUUCAGAGGUUAUUUUAAUCUCUUAUCCUUGUGAAAAAUGGCUUUUGUUUAUUGGUUCUUCAUAAGAGAAAAAUUAACCCUUUUUUUAAUAUAAAUAAUCGCUGUUACUUAAUGACAGAUACUUUUGUAAAGGUGCACACAGACAAGGUGAAGGCAGGGCAGACAGGGACUUGAAACAGAGACACUGGUGAGUGAUCACAAAAUAAAACAGAAAGCACAAGACAUGAGGGGAAAAUAAAAUACUCAGACACGGACGGACAUGACCAAUAUACUUUUUAGGUAAUUAAGACAGACUUGCUAACAACCACUAAUAGAGAGGCUAACAAUCUGAAACUUCUAUUUAAAUAAACGCUGCAGAUUUUUAGCCUCCUUUUCUCAGUACAUUUGUGAAAGGACUGUUUUUAUAUAUAUAGAUUAAAAUGUAAAUGAAAGUAUUUAUUUUCAAUCCAUUUUCAUGUUGUAGCAGUAAAUAACUACAACAGUUACACCAACUCAUUGGUAUGAACCAACAUGGUCAAAAAACGUGUAACAGCACAUAAAAACAGCAGGCUUGUAAUAACAUGGGUUCCUCUGUUAUGACCUCCAAAGGGCCUCUGUGGCCUUUGUGUUGCCAAUCAGAGAUAUCUAUUGAAAUAUCAGAUGCAAGAGAGCAGGGUUCAAGAGGUCUCAUCCUGCAGGAAUGAAGACCCUUAGCUUGAAAUAUUGUUGCCUGAUAGUAAAAAAGGGAGUAUGAGACAUCAAGUAUGUAGUCACCCUUCCAGAGAGCACACGUGCAAAACAGUGUCUGACCUCACCACACUGGAGGAAUAUUAAUCUGGAGACAGUAAGCUUGGUGCCAAGAGAAUGAUGGUGUUGUCAUUGCUGGUGGUGUAUACCUCAUCUUCUGUUUAGCUCAUACAGACUAGAAAUAGAGUCUGGAGUUUACCCUGUAGCCCCAGACAAAAAUAAUCAUGAAAUAAUAAAAGCUACACAGCGACUGCAGCAAAAAUCUUUAAGUUACCUUUAGUACUUUCUCCUUCAUGUUUUUUUAGUGUUAUGAACCUGGAUGAUCUGACACGGAGGGGGCUAUACCUGAGCGACAUCCCUCUGCAUGACGCCACGCGUGACCUGGUGCUGCUGGGUGAACAGUUCCGUGAAGAGUACAAACUGACCCAAGAGCUGGAAAUCCUGACGGAUCGUCUGCAGCACACACUGCGGGCCCUUGAGGACGAGAAGAAGAAGACAGACAGGUUAGACUAUUUGUGAGACUUUAGAUACACAAUUUGAAAUCUUGGUUUAAUUUAGGUAUGAGAGUCAGAGUAUAUGAACCAGAUAGAAAUGCAUUAUAUAUUAUCCCUUCAAUGCCUUUUGUAUCAUAUUUGAUACAUGCUUUUAAGAUACUUCUAUCAAAUCAACAUGAUCAACAAAUUACUAAAAGAACACCUGAAUACAGUCUGAUAAAUGAUUAAAAAAAAGUCCUCUUGUGGUUUAUCAGUUUCCGGAAACAUCUAAUGUAUCAAACGAGAUAGAAAAAUAUAUUUGUCAAUUUUAAGGACAUUUUAAUUUUUUUGGUUUUCAGUAGUAAGUGAAACGAACACUUCAGCUCCAAAAAAAACUGAAUUUUCUGGCCAUAAUGUGUGGUUUCAGGCAUUAAAGGGCUAAGUUUACCAAAAAGGACCCUCUUUUACACUUUCAUUAGACUGCUGCAACCUUACACACUAAUUUGGAUCACAAAUGCUUUGCUUGUCUGUUAUUAUUCUUAAUAGCUUAAGGUUGGGAGUCAAGUCACUUCAAUAAAGGGUAAGGGUCAUAGACAUGGAGGUAAAGUAAUACAAAUAAGUAUCAGUCACAUACAGUAAAACCAAGGUCUGUGGGUGUAGAUUGUAGACCUGGGCUAAUAUUAGCUAUUUUUCAGCCCCUCUGUCAGGGAAGAAAUAUUAAAGGCUUGUCAUAGUAAUUUAGCACAGCUGGAGAGGAGCACAGAGGUGGAGUUUGGUCUUUUCUAAGAAUGAUGUAGUGGCGCUGUAAUUUCACAAGAGAAGGUUCUCCUCCAGACAGUGGAUCCAUAUAUCAUGAUUCUUAUUCUAUGGCCUCCAAGUGCUCCAGGCACCAGACACUGAUGAGACUUCAUGUUUUUUUCUUAAGAUAUAAAUAGAAUUACCUCUGCACCAUCUACUGCUCUUUCAGAUCUUUUUAUACUCAAAGAAAAACAACUCUGAAUCGUUCCUGUAUGUGACUAAAUAAAGAUAUCAUGGAUUGAUGUUUAAUUGUCUCAGUUUGCAAUUGUAGAGUUUUGUUUGGGGACAACUAUCUGCUCUGUGUCUGCUAUGUGUUCUUAAAUUAUGAUGCAUCAUGGAAGGUAUGUUUUUAACAGGCAACCAUGAUCUACCCAGUUACCAUAGAAACACCACCCUCCCAUCCGAGAGCAGCAUGCAUAGCCAAAAGGUAGUGGGUGAGCAAAUAAAAUGCUGAUCCGAAGGGUGGACUCUCGUCUGGCAGCCACAGCCCUUUUCUCUGCUGUUCAAGCGCAUCCACAUUUGAGCUCAAAAUGUACAUUUCUCUCCUUCCUUCUAGAUUGCUCUAUUCUGUUCUGCCACCAUCUGUUGCCAACGAGCUGCGUCACAAACGACCCGUCCCUGCUAAACGUUAUGACAACGUGACUAUCCUCUUCAGUGGCAUUGUGGGAUUUAACGCCUUUUGCAGCAAGCACGCCUCAGCCGAGGGAGCCAUCAAGAUAGUCAACCUGCUAAAUGAUGUUUACACACGUUUUGACAUCCUCACAGACACUCGGAAUAACCCUUAUGUAUACAAGGUAGGAAGCAAGAAUUUUUGCUGUGAUAGUAUGCUGUAACCAUGCAGCUGUGUAGUAAGGAAACUUGUGCAGCAAAAUCAAAGUAUGCACUAACACUCAAGUGUACACUGUCACACACAUACAUACAGAGAGUCUUAGACUAAGAAUUUGGGUACAUUUAACUCCUACCUCUUACAUGGUUCUUAGGCUUAAAUGCACCAGUGAAACGUAUCUUCUCUCUUGAUGAAUAAUGUUAUGCAAUCAUGUAUCAUCAAGUCAGAAAGAUAGAAUUUAUACCAAAUAACUUGAGUUUUUCCUCCAUAAAGAGCAGCGCUACUUUCUAAACACAGUGCAGUUUUAUAGAGGGGCUGCAGCCCUUUAUAGGCCUCGUGCAGCAGAUUUACACUCCGAGCUUUCAGACAAGAAUGCACUUUAAGAACUCAAACAGAGCUCUGAACUUACAGGGGAUCAGCUUCAGGCACUGGGUCACCAAAAGAAGUAAUAUUUACUCUACAGGCCGUAUGGGUAGGUGGUCCAGGGGUUAUAGUCGGGCUCAAAGAGGCCCUGAAUGUCUUAAAGCUGAUGUAAGUGUUUGAGUGUUUAUCUCAGGGUGUUUCAGUUUAUUUCUAGCAGCAAAGGGCAUUCAUUUAGCACACUGGGAAAGGAUUAUUUUAAACCAAAGAUUAUUUUAAACCAAAAGUAAAUCAAACAAGAAGAGCUAAUGAUAUAAUUCCUUGUUUUACUGUAUACAGGUGGAAACAGUAGGUGAUAAGUACAUGACAGUGAGUGGCCUACCGGAACCGUGCACACAUCACGCCAAGUCAAUUUGCCACCUUGCUCUUGAAAUGCUGGAGAUUGCCGGACAAGUAAAAGUGGAUGAUGAACCAGUGCAGGUAAACAUAUUAAACUGCAUGACAAAAGAAAAAAAAAAUUAGUUUACUAAAUAAUUCAUGUCGUCAUCCUCUGCUGUCCGCACCAGAAUUGCGAGUCUGCCGAGUUAUCUGAGUAAAUGAUCCUUAUUUUGUCAUGAUGCCUUAUUUUGUUGUUCAGCAUUGUUUGCUUGUACACUGUGAUUCCACGUUAAUGCAUGUUAAAUACAUUUUGACUGUUUUCUGAUCUUUAGACUAGUCUGUUUGUCAGAACUGAGAUAUCCAUUUAAACUAAUUGAGCCCCCCCUCCCUUGUAAAACUAUAAAAACCAUGCUGGGCAGUGGCCAAAUUACUUCUACUUACACCAGAUUUUAAAAUUUUAUAUUAGCACCCUUGCACCUACUAUGUGCAACGGAAAAAAAAGUAUUUUUACAUCGACAGAUGGUCAGUGUGUUUACACAAUUCAUAUAUUUUUAAAUACUGCUUAUUUGCGCUGGGUCUCAUAUGACCCGCAUUUUACCCUCAAAGUUUUAUUUCUAAUAAGUGAUUUUGAAAUAACUGUAUCCAUAGAUCUUGGCAUAUUUCCACGCUGAAGUAACAGGCUGUGAAAUGUUGGAUAAAAAACAGCAGACGUUUGUUUAACUGACUGGUGGACAUUGUUAUUGUAUCAUAGACUGUUAAGAUCUAACUUUGGAAAAUGAUGUCUGGUUAACAAAAGGCUGUUUAUUUUCUGGACAUGGCACUGGCUGAAGAGGAGCCCGUUUAAGCUGCAGAAACAGACUCAAGUCAUCUCACGAUCUUGUGUCUAAAAAUAGAUUCCCAUUUAUCCUAGACGUUCACAUCGUGUUCAUGCACUGAAGACAACAAGCGCUGAAGUGCCUACAAGAUCCACUUAAAAAUUCCCCUGCAGAUAACCUGGAGCUACUUUAGUUAUCCUGCUUUCAUGCAAACUUAAAAAUACAAACCUUAUUUUGUGCUGAGAGUGUUUUCUGGCAAAGUUUAUCCACCCACGAAAUAUUGCACCGCUUCAGUCGAUAGCUUUACGAAUUUGUGCCAACAGACUUAAAAGCUUUCAUUUAAAUAGCUGAACCUCGCUCUGUGGAGCACAAAUCUUUCACCUUGUCUGUGAUAAAGCAUUUGCACUUUCCUCAAAGUAGUACUGCAUUUUCAGCUAAGCGAAAAACAGCUUCUCCAAGUAAUUAAUUGUCUGCAUCUGUUGGUACAUAACUAAUGACCUGUGGUGUGGAUACAAUAAAUAUUUAAGCUUGCCUUUGCCAGUAUUUGACAGGAAAAAGCAAUAUCUUUGGCAUGUUUAUCAACUUUGGUUGAAUUAUAAAUGGCAUACUGUAGAAUUACAGUAGAUUGCAUGAAGCAGGCCUUUAUUCUCAUUCUCCUCUGGUAGAUAACCAUUGGAAUCCACACGGGAGAGGUCGUGACUGGAGUGAUUGGCCAGAGGAUGCCCAGAUACUGCCUUUUUGGAAACACAGUCAACCUCACAAGUCGUACAGAAACUACUGGUGAAAAGGGAAAAAUUAACGUCUCAGAAUACACUUACAGGUAAGAGUAAAUUCCACAGUGAUUCUAGCUCUAUCUGUGUUGCAAAACUGUUUGGGCUUUGCAACAUAUUAAAAAAGCAGUAAAAGUUUUAUGGAAGCCAUCAUCAUUAGUCCAAAAGUGAUAUCCUUUUUACACACAUACACCCUUUUAAUAAAAACCAAGAAAUGUAUAGUCUUGACCUGUCGAUUUGAUGUUGUUUGCUGACACAAAAGUGACAUAGAUUAAUUCCCUCAGAAACCUACAGCAGUGCUGGUAAUAUAUGACGGUGUAUGCUUUUUAUUGCAGGUGUUUGCAAUCUGCUGAGAACGCUGAUCCUCAGUUUCAUUUGGAGUAUCGCGGACCAAUAACCAUGAAAGGAAAGAAGGAACCAAUGAAGGUGUGGUUUUUAUCCAGGAAGCCCACUGACACGGAGUCUACUACACUGAAAGCAUCAUAAAAUUCAAAUCCAACACUAAAACAUGAUGAGUGUGUAGAGAUAGAGCUUUAAGUGUUGUACUAUUAUAGCCUAAAAAAUUGUUUAAGAACAUUCAGUUUGAAGCAGGACGAUCUAUUCACAGACAUGCAGAUAUUUCUGUUUGAGUACACACAGCUGUUUGGACAAUUUGAGCCUGUGAAGUUCCUCUCUGUGUAUAACAGCUUUGAAAUGAUCAAUCAUGACUCCUUUUUUUGUUGUUGAAGUAUUCACUUAAGUGAAUAGGUCCUUGAUGGGUUGAGUUAAGUGAUGUCUCAAAUGGUACCUUCACUUUAGGUACGUUUUUGGAUUGAUUUUUCUCACGGUUGUUAUUGUACAUAAAAUCACUAAAGGUUUUUAUAGGCAGAGAAAUUUACAUCUAUCUUUAAUGUUUUUAGCUGCUACAUUUGUCAUAUUUUUGCAGAAACCAGCCCUCAAAAAAAGUUUAAUUUUUGGCCAGUUUCUGUCCAGAUGAAUAAAAUCUUGAUUCUAAAUGCACUUAUAUGAUAACUUGAUGUAAUGUUAGUGCAAAUAGAUUAUUCUAGCAGUUUAAAGUUUCUUCUUUUCCCUUACUGGAUAUUAGAGUUAUGAAGUUUUGCAAUCAUUAUCUAUUACUGCUAUCAGGACUAUUAACAAGAAAGAAUAGAUAAAGCUGUCGUAUUUAUGUAGAUUUAUAGAUUUUUGUGCUCACUUAACUUUUAAAUUCAUUUAAAUAGAUUCUUAAAAAUCACAAAUUAAGAUGAUGAGUAUUUAAAGUCUUAUAAAAACUAGUACUGUAUACUACUUUAUCGAAGCUAUUUAUUACACCUUUUUUCUUAUUUCACAAUCAGUUUGUGUGGAUUCUUUCAGUUCUUCUAAAAUGUUAAGAUAUUCUUCAUGAUUGACAUAUUUAUUGUUAUUAUUCAAAAUCAUAUUUAUUCCUUUUUAAUCAGAAAUUUUUUAAAUCAUAAUGACCUUAAGAAAACAGGCUAUAUAUUAACCAAAUACAUUAAAAAUACACAAGGUUAAAGGUGGUUGAGACUACUGUUUGUGCCUCUACAUGUUAUGUAUGUGAUGUAUUAAUUUAACACAGAAAAUGUACCACACUAUUUUUUUCAGAGUUAUAACUAAACCUCUCAUACUGUCCUUUCCAUGAAUGCAGCUUCCUGUGUGAUUUACAGGUUCUAGUGUAUUUCUGGGCUUAUCGGACAUGAUCACUUUAUUUUGACACUGCUUCAUUUGGGGGGCAAUUAAUAAAAUUGUCUUGUGAAA